AUGUGGCAUGAUGUCAUUGGGUAUUGGGAUGAGAUAUAAGGAGAGAGAAAAUAAUAUAGAUAAUUGAUGAUCCUAAAAAUAAGUCUAACCAUUGGGAUUAAAAAAAUAUGGUCUUUUAUGUAAGUUGGGCAUAUGUGAUAGGAAGGAGAGAGAAAGUAAUUGAAUAAUUGAUGACCCCCAAAAAGAGUCCAACCAUUGACAAUGCUCUAAAAAGUUCACAAGACACAAGAAAUUAAAGUAUCCCCAUUUUUUCUACCUCUUUCUCUCUCUUAUCUAUCUCUACUUCCAUUAAUUCAGAUUAUCAUUUCACUUAAAACCCACAUUCUCUCUCUUCUUUUUUUUUUACAGUGGAAAAAAAUGGGGAUUUUGAUUUUUUCUCUCUCCAAAUUCUCAUACUGUCAAACACCGAUCCAAACCCAUCUUUCCCAGAAAAUUAGGGAAAAAGAGAGCAGAUAAUUCUUACGCAGAAAAUUAGGGAAAAAGAGAGCAGAUAAUUCUUACCCAGAAAAAAAAAAGCAUAAUUUUUUUAUUUUUUUUGCUUAAAUUAUUAAUCUUUGACCCAUUUUUGUAAGCUGAGAGUUGAGUUGAGCAUUUUUAGUGAGAGAAAAUGAGAAAGCAUGGAUGGCAACUUCCAUACCACCCACUUCAAGUUGUAGCUGUUGCUGUGUUUUUAGCACUUGGGUUUGCUUUCUAUGUUUUCUUUGCUCCAUUUGUUGGAAAAAAGCUUUACCAGUAUAUCAUUAUGGGCCUCUAUACUCCCCUUAUAGUAGGUGUUUUUGGACUGUAUAUAUGGUGUACCGCGUCUGAUCCAGCGGACCCGGGCGUUUUCAGGUCUAAAAAGUAUCUUAAAACCUCAGGCAAAGGAGAACACACCGGAGCAAAGGACUCAAAGCUAUGUGGGGAAUCUGCUUCAUCUAAGCAAUUUGUGAAUGCUGCAGGAAAGGGGGGGAAACCUCAUGACGAAGAUGACAAGAGCACAGAUAUUAACAUGGAAAAAUUCAAGGCUGACCAUGAACAUGGAGUUGAAUCGUCACAUUGUUCAUCUUGUGUUGUGGGAAUAUUGUUCUAUCCCUGUACUUUCCUCUGCAACUGCAUGAGUCCAUCAGAAGAAUCUUCGGAGCGGCAAACAAGCGAAGAAGGAAUGUUCUAUUGUAGUCUAUGUGAAGUUGAGGUUUACAAGUACAGCAAGCAUUGUAGAGUUUGUGAUAAAUGUGUAGACAGUUUUGAUCACCACUGUCGGUGGCUCAAUAACUGUAUAGGCAAAAGGAACUAUCGGAAGUUUUUCACCCUCAUGGUUGUGGCACUCCUAUUGCUAAUUCUUCAAUGGUCAACUGGGAUACUUGUCUUGAUUUGCUCUUUUCUUGAGAGGAAGAGAUUCCAUGCAGAGAUUGUUGCAAAGCUCGGAAGCAGUUUCUCCAUGGCGCCGUUUAUUAUUGUAGUGGCCAUGUGCACCAUUUUGGCUAUGAUAGCGACCCUACCGCUGGCUCAGCUUUUCUUCUUCCACAUUCUUCUCAUAAAGAAAGGGCUUAGCACAUAUGACUACAUUGUAGCUCUGAGAGAGCAGGAGCAGCAAGAAGUUGGAGGUGGACAGAGUCCUCAAAUGUCUCAAGUCAGCUCCCUCACUGGACUGAGCAGUGCCAGCUCUUUCAAUACUUUCCGACGAGGUGCAUGGUGUACACCUCCACGGUUGUUUCUUGAGGAUCAGUUUGACGUAGUUCCUCCUGACACUGGAUCAGUAAGUUCCUAUGGUAAGAAAGCUGCUAUAGAGGAACCAAUCAAGAAAAAGAAUCCGGCUGUAAAGAUCAGCCCAUGGACAUUAGCACGUUUAAAUGCGGAACAGGUUUCAAAGGCUGCCGCAGAGGCGAGGAAGAAGUCCAAGAUUCUACAACCCGUGAUUAGACGUGAGAGCCCACUUAACUUAGAAAGGGACAACAGUUUUGGCAGCGGCCGUCGUAUAAUAUCCCGGAUUGACCACAGUAGAAGGCGAAACAGUAAACGCGUCAGACUCCCAUCAGAUAUGCCCCUCGAGCAGCUGGUGAAUGUAUCUACAAAAACAACUAAGGCAUCCUCCAGCAGCUUGGCUCCUCUCCAGCAAGAAGCACGGAGUGCCUUCCGAACUAGCCUAGCCAUGUCAAGUGGAGCUAACCAUGUUAGCUCCUCCCCAGAGAGCAGCUUAGACUCACCUGAUGUGCACCCAUUCCGUCUUUCCUCUUCCGGGGCAGAAGAUUCUAGAAGGCUUACUAACUUAUCAGUGGCUGGUGGAGCUGCACUCCCCGGGAUCCCCCUGUCCAGGUCAACCAGUGAUGGGUAUGAACCUUCUGGUGGAGAAGACAGUGACCAGGUUCCUUCAAGGCCUGAGGAAAGGACAGUGAAUUGGAGCAGUUUACUUUUUAGGUCAAACCAAGAUGGAGGAAUGCUCAAUCUUAAGGGAUCAUCUGCAUUUGGCCAAGGAAAUCUCAGAAAGUUCUGAUUGGAUGAAAUCUAGUGAAUAUUGUGAUGUUUUGAGAUGAUGAGAAUCGGUUCAUGAAGAUGCUUGAAUCAUGAGGUAGAUGGAUCGAUCACAAGUUGCCGAUAAGAAGGCAUUGUGCAGAUUUUACUUUGAGUGAUCGUGCUACUUUCGCGAUGUUUCUCUUAAAAAAAAAUGUCAGGUUGAUGUUGUAAAGCAUAUUACUAAAUGACCUGCAUAUGUAGAAUUUUGCUAGGAAUGUCUAGGCAGCUUUCUUUUCUUAUUUUUUUCUGGUUUCUUGUUUGAAGGUGGAACUAUUCAGAGAUGUUUAGCAUCCUUAAAACUGUCAGGAUUACUUGAAUUCUUUAAUUACAAGAUUCUUCACUGA